AUGAAUACGAAAAUAAAGAGGGAGAAGGAACAGGAAGUGUUGCCUUCGGAGGCCACAGACGAGGACGAGCAGGGCCCCGACGACUCGUCGGACUCUUCUUCAGACGAAUCGUCGUCGGAGUCGUCGCAGGAGUCGGCGUCGGAGGUGGCGAAACGCGAAAUGUCGGAGCGCGAGCAGUUCGAGCUGCAGGCUAAGUAUCGGCGGCUGGACCGCGCGCUGAUACAGCAGCGGACGGAGGUUGCACGCGAGAAUGGAAUCCAGGUGGUUUCUACGUCUCUGGACAUUGCGGACCAGCUUUUUUCAGAGACCAAGGCGUCGAUCCAGUCGAACAUUGUGGCCAAGGACGCGGCCACGUUGAAGGAGAUCGGAGUGCAGGCGAAGCUGGCGACGCGAAACUUGAAGCUGGGACGGUCGGAGCGCGUUCUGGACUUCAACGAGUUCAGCAGCAAUUUUCUGCGAUUUUUCGCUACCGAGGACGACGUGGUCGAUGUGGACUCGCCGAUCGACCGCGGAAUGGCCCGUUUUGACUGGAUCAAGGCCGGGCUGCUUUACGCCAGCUGCUCUCGGCGCGCGCCGAGCGCCGAGUUCCUGCUGGGACCGCUGGAGAUCACGCGAAAGACACGCGUCUCGCGGCCGCGGCUCCAGGACGAUUCCAAGAGCGGUGCGUCCAGAACGGCCAGCAAACGCAGUGCGUCGGAGCUGAUGGAACAGGACCGCCAGGACGACACGACGGCGAACUCCGAGCGCUGUUUCCGCAAGCUGCGCACGCUCAACAUGGCGCGCAAGAACCUGUUUGAGUUCUUUAUCGACCCUAAGUCGUUCGCCAGGUCGGUCGAAAACCUGUUCUACACAAGCUUCCUCAUCAACCACGGCAAGAUCAUCCUGGGACGCGACGCGACGGGCGUCCCGUACGUGCAGGAGGCAAACUCAGAAACCUUCAAACACCUCCCGCGCUACGUCAACAGAGACGACUCCAAAUCGCACAUCAUCCUUAGUCUUGAUCACGUGACCUGGAGGGCGCUGAUCGACCGGUUCGCUAUACAGGAGGCGUUUUUAUAG